UUUGCGAUUUGAAUGGCUCUUGAGGGCGCUGUGCAAUUUGUGGGAAAUGAGCUGAAAAUGGCGCUGGAGUCGUGUCUAAAAAUCACGAGAAAUAUCACGGGAUUCCUCACGGGUAGCAGUCAGAAGCACUCGCUGCUUCCAGUCAGGACAUACUAUGCCGACUGGAGAAUGUUAAGAGACGUCAAGCGACGCCGAUUGUUCAAAGAGUAUGGAGUUGAGAGAAGGAGGAUCAACUGCAUACGGAAGAACACCAUCCUGCCAGAUGAACUCAAGGAAAUAGCUGACCGCGAGAUCGCAGCCCUCCCGCGAGACAGUUCCUGGGUCCGACAGCGAGAUCGCUGUGCCAUUACCUCGCGGCCUCGCUCCGUCAUCCCCCGCUGGCGGCUCAGCCGAAUCAUGUGGCGACAAAUCGCCGACGCUAACCACAUGUCUGGAGUACAGCGAGCGACGUGGUAGUGGACUGUAUAGAUAAGACGACUUUUUGGAACGUUUCUUGGUUGGUUCUGCUGCUAGCUCAAACUUCUUUGAAAAGAAAAUCAUAGAUGGCAGUGCUAUUCAUAACCACCACCACCUAUCAACAAAGCACAGUUAACCCUCCUGCUAUUUAAACAGUCACAGACAGUCAAAAUGUCCAUCCGCUUCCCCUGCUAUACUUUUAACACAGACCAGUCACCAGCAGUCAGAUCAUAUGUCAAGCAAGCGCUGUGACUAGUCAAACUCAAUCAACAGACCAUGAACAGACAAAGCAGGCAAGUGGUGGGCACAGCUGUCUUAUCAAUCACCAACAGUCAAAGCAUAGCUGUAUCAAGUUACAUAAACAGUCACAGCCAGUCAGUCCUACUUUGUGUAGGCUGGGAUUUCUUAAGUUGAUUGAUUUUGACUGAAAGGACUACACAAAUGUACUUGGCACCAAAUGUAUGUUUGCGUAGGAGGGUAAAUCUUGAUUGAUUCUCGAUGAUGAUUCUCAUCUCUUUUUCUUCAAGGAAAUUCUCCCGUUUCCCUCCCCAACCCCUGGGCCCGAACUCCAGUCUUUUUCUCAUCUGGUCUCCCUUAAAAACCAGCUUGAAAGUCUGCAGAUAUUCAACAUCCUGCGAUCUUAAUUUAUGAUUUAGUUUAAUGGUUUCAUUAAAUAGAUUUUGUAAAACCUGGGAACGAAAAUUGAUUUUCACCAUAAGAAAUAAAAGAACAUGUGUGAAUUGUG